AUGGGAGAACAGCUCACGGUCAGAGGCGUGGUAUCGCCGCUAACGCCUGCCACAACACAGCGGGUAGUGCACCAGCACCGCGGGGGCUCUGGUGGGUGCAGGAAGAUGUGGAUGCGGCUAGAAACGGCGGGGGGAGGUGCGGAGACAGGCGGGACCAUCAAUGAGGCAAUCGCAGUGCCAUUCGAUGAGGGCGACACGGUGGACGACCUUAAGGUGGGUUUGCUACAGCGGCUACGACAAACGCGAUGGUCGCAGCAGCGGGAUGGGACAUGCAUAGCUGUGGGGUUCUAUUGCCGCUGCACGCACGCGGAGAGCGUUGCGACGGCGCCGCCGGGCCUUGUGGCACCGCAGGCUCUGCGCGCCGGGCGCUUUGUGCCGCGGUCGGGCACGCUGGGCGGGCAACUCACGGACGGCGACUCGGCGGGGCACGACAGCCCGCAGAGCCCGCAGGCGGCAAGCAGGAUGCAAUCGCCGUCGUCUCUGCAGGGCCUGUGGUGCGGGCAGACUACGCUGCCGCCAGCGGAUAUUGAGCCAGUGGCGUACAUAAGUGCACGCGGCCUCCUGGAGACGACGCAUAACCAGUUUGUGUCCGCGCACGAGCGACCGCAGUUUCCCGCGCAAGAUCGAUUCGAUCGAAACAAGAUAUUCGGCAGCGGCGCCCGGAGGCGUGCCUGGAGCGGACAAUCCAUGAUACCUCCAGGAGGGAGCCCCUCGCCGUCGCACUUCCACCGCCAGGCGCCACCCGUGCACGCACAUAAGGUUCUCUUCGAGCCCGAUGUGCCCGUGUCAGCGAUUUCCCAGACCAUUUUUGGAGGUAGCCAGAGAAGCCGCGAGGCACUUGUGGUUUUCUUUGACACUGUUCCCAGUUGUUUGCCCCUAGAGUCGCCGGUUUCAUCUCCUGUCUCGUCCCCGGUUUCUAAACAUAGCUCCGUUCGCGGAAGUCAUCUUACCCUAUCUCCAGGCCCCGCGGCUUCCAGCGAGCUCACCGGGCCGCCCCAUCUCGACAUGCCAUUUGCCUACCGCCAGAGCUCAGAUGAGCUGCAUGCGAAACUCGAUACAGAACUCUUGGCCAACCCACUGCUUCAUAAUUUGCCACCGGUAAAGGAGAACUUUAAAUUGAUAACUGACAUAGAGCAGUUGCGACAACUCUCUAGCACGAUGGGACACAAGCUAGGCAGCCCUUUGCGGCAGGCCAUCUUGCUUCUACCCAAGCACAUUCGCGAGCACGUCAAAACAGAAGAGGAUGGCAGCGAGACACAAAUCCGGCCGUCCGAGCCUGUCCCGGCCGCCACAAGCUCUUCGGCGCCCGCGCCCGCGCCCACGUGCGAUUCGUCUUCGGGUUACUUUUCGUUGGAACCGCCUGUAGGCGCGUGCCCGGGGUUUCAGAGUGAACAGAUAAACGCCAGGGUUCCCGGCAGCAGUGCUGAAGACGCACUUUCAUAUUUCUCUGUACAUGGGGACGCUAACUUACGAGACGCUUCCGUGCCCUCCAACCAGACACGUGAUCGGGUGUUCCCGAAGAUCAACGUACUCAUUGUCGAGGAUAAUAUCAUCAAUCAAGCGAUUCUCUCAUCUUUCCUAAGAAAACAUAAGAUCAGUUACGAAAUAGCCAAGAACGGCGUUGAAGCAGUGGAAAAAUGGAGAAAAGGUGGGAUACAUUUGAUUCUAAUGGACCUACAGCUGCCUCUCUUAUCUGGAAUAGAUGCUGCAAAGCAGAUACGGAACUUGGAACGCGCGAACGGUAUAUGUGCGUUCCAAAAACAUUGUGAGGCGCGCAGCCAAGAAACUUACAGCGAACUCAACCGGGCGAAAUUUCGCGCACCGGUGAUUAUUGUUGCACUGACCGCUUUUUCCUCGCAUGCUGACCGCAACGAAGCGUUGGUGGCGGGAUGCAACGACUAUUUAACGAAACCUGUCAAUCUGGAUUGGUUGAGUAACAAAAUCACGGAGUGGGGCUGCAUGCAGGCAUUGAUAGACUUCGAUGGCUGGACGAAAGGUGAAAGCCGGAUGACGGACAACGUUCUCCUCAAGCCACAAUUGACAGCGUGCCGCUCACACAACUCCGUGAAUAACUCGAUGUCCGCAGGCGCAACCAUCACCUCGCCGGCGUCUGGUGACGCCACUGCAACUCCAGGGACCCCAAUCGGCACCCUGGCUGCAACUAUGAUCCCCACACCUAAUCCAAUGGCAAAGCUUGCCGAUACUUCAGACAGCCACACACUGGCAUGUGAAUGGAAGGAGAACUGA